AGUUCGAGGGCUCACGUGCUGGCAGUCUUCACUACCCGCCCCCACUUUUCACCUUCGCAGUUAAAGCGUACACACCUGGGUAAAGCGAUAGGCCCUCAGUGAGUCCUCUGUGCCAUCAGCGUGUCUUGCUUGUUUAGUUAUUACCCUGCACCUGCCCCUCAAAAAAAGGAAAGGCACGUCAGCCAUGCAUAAGAAGUUGCUCCUCUUUGGUGGGACUGGCUUUGUGGGGUCGGUGGUGGCGCAGAAAGCCCUCAGCCGCGGCUACAAGGUCGUCAUCGCCACGAGAGGCGGCGUCCCCCCGCUCGGCUCGCCGAUGGACGAAUUCGCCAAGCGGGUGCGCAUGAUCGGUGGGCCGGCGGCGGCACGGGAGGCGCUGCACCUGGCACAGGGAGGCCGUCUCCCUUCCGCCGACUCCUCCCCUGACUCGUCCUCCGUGUCUUCCUCCCCUUCCGUAUCCAUACCGCGCAGCCCCGAUGCGCAGCGGCCGUCGGCGGAUCAGCUGAUGCGCAUGGUGCAUCAGAUGGAGGACGAGACGGCGCUCGAGUUCGUCAGCAUCGACGCGAGCAGCCGCGAUCAGGUGUUCCACCUCCUCCACGAUCACCCCGACGCGACAGCGGUGAUCAACACCGUCGGGCUGCUGACACGCCACUACGAGGAAGCCCGCCAAGUAAACGGAGAUGUGAUGUCGAACAUCGCCGCAGGGGUGUACCACCCAAAGCUGGUCCCUGCCGUACGGAAAGUGGUGUACGUGUCCGCAGAGCCGUACAACCUCUACUCGAAGCGUAUACUCGGCAGUAAGCGAAUGCUGAAGGGGUACUUCCACGGCAAGCGCAUUGGUGAGAAGGCGGUGCUCGACAACUUAGGCGUGAAGGGCGUGGUGCUGCGCCCCGGCAUGAUCUACGGCACCCGGCAAGUCUUUGUGACCUCCGCGACAAACCCGAACGCGGUCACGACGCUCUCGAUCCCGCUAGGGUGGAUCGGCUACCCGCUGGACAAGCUGCUGACGGCCGUUGGCGGUCGAAAGCUGCUCACGCCGCCGGUGGACGUGGACGUGGUCGCUGAGACGGCCGUGCGGGCGUGUGAGUGGGCGAACAACGCGGCGCUCGCCUUUCACGGUAUCUGCGAUGUGUACCGCAUGCAUGAGAUCUGCAACACGGCCGAUCCGUCGCUGGAGGAUGUCGUCAAGCCAGCUGCGGAGACGGUGGAAGCGGCGGAGGUGCCGGCGAAGUAG